AUGGACGAGUUCUUGAUGUACACUUACAAGGUGAAGAGGUGCCCGAGGACACGGGCUCACGACUGGACGGAGUGCCCGUACGCCCACCGGGGGGAGAAGGCGAGGCGGAGGGACCCGAGGAAGUUCCCCUAUCAGGGGGUGGUCUGCCCGGAGUUCAAGAACGGGGAGUGUAAGAAGGGGCAGAACUGUGAGUGUGCUCAUGGGAUCUUUGAGUUCUGGCUCCACCCCAGCAGGUUUCGGACAAGGGUGUGCGAGUCCGGAGUUCUCUGCCCUCGCAAAGUCUGCUUCUUCGCGCACACGCCCGAGCAGCUGCGGCCGGAGGGAGCGCACCACUGCUUGCGGUGCGCGCAGCGCGCAGCACCACCGAUGCGGCCCGGUAGCAGCGGCAGCGCCCGCAAAAGAGAAGGCGAAGAAGUGCGAGGCUCCACCACCAACGGCGCCGGCGGAGACAAUCCGGCGGUGUUGCCGUUCCUUCGUCGAGCGCAGAGGCGGCCGAAGAAGGGUCGAGCGGCAGUGUGGGGGUUGCAAGAGAGGCGGUGGACGAGAAGUACACUGAUUUUUCUCAUCUUGGGUGGGUUGUCGAUUUGGUUGAUUGGUGAAGGAUGCAUGAUUACUUGUUGGUGAGUAUUUGGGAUUAUGAAGUGUAAAGAGUGUUUAAGGUUUAUCUCAAUUUGUAGUCAGUUAAAUGGGGGGUAGAGCUAGCGCUCAACGUUGUUCAGGGGAUCGAUUAUGAAG